AGACUUCGGUUAUUCUCGGGUUUGGUCGUGAACUCUCGGCCCUUCCCGGUUUUCCCUCUUUCCCUGGGUUGCAGCUGCGUUCCCAGCGCCAAGAACUGGCUGAAGCGAGGAGGGGGAGCUUGAAGGAGGAACGGGAGCGCUUCGUGGGCAAAAGAGUCCUGCACAUCACAACUUCCUCCAGAACACCUUUGAGAUCCUGAGCUGUGGUUCGCCUCUCCUCCCCAGACAACCUGCAAGUGCUGGAUUAUGCUCGUCACGUUCUCUCUUUGCUUCAUCAUCUGGUUGAAUCGUGGCUUCAAAUUACGGGAACGACGGGGCUGUACUUAGGGCCCGGCCGUUCAUGCCAGCGGACCCAAGAGACUUUCACCUUCAUGCAGAGCACUUGAGAGGGAAGUGGGACAGCCACCCUCAGCCCACCCCUCUCUUCCACUUUUUCCCUCGCCGGUGCAUUUGCUUGGCCUUUUCCAGGGGACUAUGGGGAGCACAGAAGGCUUCCAGUAUCGGGCCCUCUACCCCUACCGCAAGGAACGCAACGAAGACAUCGAUCUGUUACCUGGGGACACCUUGGUGGUGAGCAAGGGGGCCUUGCAGGCACUGGGCUUUAAAGAUGGAGAUGAGCAGAUGCCGAACCAGAUUGGCUGGAUUCUGGGGGUCAACGAGCGCACCAAACAAAAGGGGGAUUUCCCAGGCACCUAUGUUGAAUAUGUGGGGCCAGUGAAAAUUUCCCUCCCGUCCCAUCGUCCCAGGGUCACCAGGCCCCUGCCCGCCACUCCUGGAACAGGAGCAUCCCAUGCUCCGGAGGAACAGGGGGUGACGCUUCCAGAACUUUCUGAGCAGUUUGCCCCACCCGAGGUCGCCCCACCUCUGCUGUGUAGGCUGGUGGAUGUGAUUGAGAAAAAAGGGUUAGACAGCAAGAUGCUCUACAGAACAUCUGGCUCCGAACUAAGGCAAGCACUGAGAACCGACUGGGCUGCGACUGGCGAUUUGGAGGUCUUAGAUGUGCAUUCCCUGGGCGAGGCUGUCAAGGGAUACCUGCUAGAUCUGCCGACCCCCGUGGUACCCCCUUGCGUGCAGGGUGAAAUCUUACGAGUGCUCCAAGAUGUUACCCAACCGGAGCUUUGUCAAAAGCAGUUGCUUUCGGUGUUGGAGUCUCCAGCCAUGCCUCUGCCACACCUCCUCACCUUCCAGUUCCUGCUCCGGCACUUUUCCAAGGUGGUUGAACAAGCCGAAAGCAAUGGAUUGUCGCCUCGGACCCUGAGUGAGAUCUUCGGGGUUCUGCUCCUUCGACUCCCUGCAGCUGCCAGCUCUGAGACAACGCCUGAUUUUCCAAACCUCUUCCUGGAGACCCUUCUGCAGACAAAGGACACUGAGCCAGACCUUCCCCCUCCAGCUCUGCCUCCAAAGCCACCCAAAGCAAAACCUGCAGCAGUCUCUCUAACCAACGGGAAUGGCACAACCCUGCAGGAUGCAGAGUGGUACUGGGGAGACAUCUCCAGAGAGGAAGUGAAUGAAAAACUCCGAGACACUCCUGAUGGUACCUUCCUGGUGAGGGAUGCUUCCAGCAAGAUCCAGGGUGAAUAUACAUUGACCCUCCGGAAAGGGGGAAACAACAAACUGAUCAAGAUUUUCCACCGGGAAGGCAAAUAUGGCUUCUCAGAGCCGCUGACCUUUGGCUCUGUGGUGGAACUCAUCAAUCACUACCGGCACGAGUCCCUGGCCCAGUACAACGCCAAGCUGGACACUCGGUUACUGUACCCGAUCUCCAAGUACCAGCAGGACCAGGUGGUGAAGGAGGACAGCGUGGAGGCGGUUGGGGAGCAGCUGAAAGUCUAUCACCAACAGUACCAGGACAAGAGCCGCGAGUACGACCUUCUGUACGAAGAAUACACACGCACCUCGCAGGAAUUGCAAAUGAAACGGACGGCCAUUGAGGCCUUCAAUGAAACCAUCAAGAUCUUUGAAGAGCAGUGCCAGACGCAGGAGAAAUGCAGCCGGGAUUACGUGGAGCGCUUCCGGAGGGAAGGGAAUGAGAAGGAGGUGCAGCGGAUCAUGAUGAACUCAGAAAAGCUGAAGUCUCGCAUUACCGAAAUUCAUGACAGCAAGAUGAAGCUGGAGCAGGACCUCAAGCAGCAGGCCUCCGAAAACCGGGAGAUCGACAAGCGCAUGAACAGUCUUAAACCUGACUUGUUGCAGCUGCGCAAACUCCGUGACCAGUAUCUAGUAUGGUUGACCCAGAAGGGGACACGUCAGAAGAAGAUCAAUGAAUGGCUUGGUAUCAAGAGUGAAACGGAGGACCAAUACUCCAUGAUGGAGGACGAUGAAGAGCUGCCCCAUCACGAUGAGCGGACAUGGUAUGUAGGCAAGAUCAACCGUACCCAGGCAGAGGAAAUGCUGGCGGGCAAGCGUGACGGAACCUUUCUUAUUCGGGAGAGCAGUCAGCGAGGGUGCUACGCCUGUUCUGUGGUGGUGGAUGGAGACACGAAACACUGCGUGAUUUACAAGACGGCAACAGGCUAUGGCUUUGCAGAACCUUACAACCUCUAUGCCUCGCUUAAGGAGUUGGUUUUGCACUACAAGCACACCUCCCUCGUGCAGCACAAUGACUCACUCAAUGUCACGCUGGCGCACCCGAUCCUCUCCCAGCCUCCUCCAAGAUGAGCACUUGUCUUCCCUUCCCUACCACUUCCCACCCUUCCAGAAUCUCCGAUGAUGGCCUGCCUUUCCUUGACUGCCCCAUGGGAUCAAAAGCCCCUCAGAUUUUCUUCUUGUGUUCACCGUUAACUCUGCCUAUUGUUCUUGCUUUCCAUCGGUGGCUCUCCUCUUCUACUUCCUUUUCCUGCCUACCCUCCUUUCUCUAAGCUGGGUUUUUUUUUCAACCUUGACAAUGUUAAAAUACUUGGACUUCGGCUUAGCACACUGGCUGGAGAAUUCUGUGAAUUGAAGUCCAUGCAAUGGUCAAGGUUGAAAAUCAUUGUUCUGGGCUAACGUCUUUAUUUACAUUCGUUGGUGCAGUUUGAAUUCCUUCAUUUUCCUCCUAGUGGCUUUUUUUGGUGCUAGGGAUCCUACCUUAUAUCGCUGGGCACGAUCUCAGCAGAGAAGCUAUUCUUGGUGGGGAGAAAAUGGUGCUUCUGCAGGCUGGCAAUCCCUAAGAAUUUGGGGAGAGACAAUUAUUUCCUUUCCUCAUUUUCUCCCUCCUGGAUUUGCCUGGGAAGGGCCGGAUGAGAUGGUUAAGAACUCCUCAGGCCUUGCAUCCAUCUGUGUUGGCAUUCACCUGGCAAAACUCAGCCUGCUUUGCAGUGACUCUCUUCCCCCGUGCUGGCUUUCUUUUCCUUCCCCUUCCGCGGUGUAGAGUGAUAUGACAGUAAUCCGUUUUUAGCUUCCUAUGCAGCUGCUUCUGUUCUUAAAUAUGCAAAAAUGGAGAGCGGAAAAGAAAACUCCAUUAUCGUGGUCUUUAGAAGCUUCUCCCCACUCUUUCAAUCUGCCUUGCUUUCCAAGCACUUUACCUGCUGCUGAGUGGGCGGUGGGGGAGGGAGGGAAUGAUGCCGAUUCAAAUGGCCUCACACUUCAGCCUUCCCCCGUGACUUCAUUUAAUCAGGAUGCAGAGCCUGCAUCUUCUUUGAACCUGAUGCUGAGGCUAGCAAGUCAUGCUGGAGAUCCUCAGCCUUCCUGUGAGGCCAGGUGUGACAUCCCUUCUGACAGGGCUCCACUUCAGCAUCCAGGCCAGUCCUGCGUCUCAGGUCUGUACCUGUCCAUAGUUCUGGAUGGAACCUGGAGAUUGGCGGCUUGACUUGCAUGCUCUUUGGCAUAAAGCCAUAAACUCAUUUCCAAACUUUUGCCCAAAAAGAAGGGGAGGGUAAUUCUCACUCGUAGGCUUUCGUCCACCUGUAUUACCUGGCCUGCUUUAUGUAGGGCUGGCUUCAAUUUCCAAGAGCUGGUCUAAAGCCAUUUGAUCCGUAAAACCAGGGGUGGGCUUCAUAUCCUUUAGCAAUGGGUUGACUGCCCCGUUGCUGGGUGGGCGUGGCGUAGUUGGCUGCCUGCACUAUGAUGUGGGGGGGGCUUUUUUGCCCUUCCCAGGCUCCUGAGGCUUUCCUUGAGCCUCUGGGAGGGCGAAAACAGCUUUCCCCGGGAUCCAGAGACCCUCCGGAGGCUGGAAACAGGCCUGUUUCUGGACUUCUGGAACCUCUGGUAGGCCUGUUUUUUGCUCUUCCAGACCCAUUACGCAGCCCCUGCACUAACCUGGAAUGAUGAAGGGCCACGUGGAGACUCCUGGGAGGGGUGGGGAGGGAUGGGCGGGGCGGGGUGGGCAUGGUCAGCUAGGGGUGGCAUUUGGGGAUUCGCCGAACCCCGGCGAUCCUUGGCUAAAGGAUCACCUGAACCCACCCCUGCUCACAACCCAUAUUGCACACAAACCCUUGUGAUUUUUGUGUCUUGCGGGCACAUGCAACAAACGGUCUCUGGUCUGAGGCUGUAUUUUUUUUAUCUUUUGUCUUCCUAUCAAAGCCCCUGUUUGAUGCCAUUGCUAACCUCCCUUAAAGGAUGGAAUUAUUAUUAUUAUUAUUAUUUUAAUUUUCAACAUUCUUUUCCAGUUAGCAAGGAGGAGGGCUCUUUCUUGGUUCAUGGCCAUAUGCCCCUCUGGAUCUGCGUGUUCCUCCCAUGCAGAACGGAGCAAGCUCGAAUGAAUGGAUUCCAGCAGCAAAAGUUUUCUUUUUGUGUGCGUGUUCUCAUCCUAGAUAUAUGCAAUAAUAACAAACACCUCUCCUAUUUCCCUUCCUCACAUCAUUCCAGCCAUACUUUCCAGGCUCCUUCACUUUAAAAAAGAAAAAAAAGGAAAGAAAUGUUUAUUACAUCAUUGUAAGCUCCAGUAUUUGCGUCAGAAUUUGUUACUGUAAGAUAAAAAGAAAAUGAAAAGUUUUGUACGGUACUUCAACAUAAAAAAAAAUAAUAAAAUGAAAUGUGUUAAUGCAAAAGUG